UGCAGAACUGAAUAAUGUAAAUCUCAAACACCAUAAUCUCAAUGAUUUGUCGUCUAAUAAUAUUUGCCAAACCAUAAACACGAACAACAUUUCCUCAUAUCCACAAACUUCACACUCGUUUUCACCAAAUGUUAAUCAAAUCAGAAUUGAAUCCACACUCGAUAGAGACCAUCGAAGAGCUAAACUUCGUUUGGAUAAAGAAUAUUAUGUUUUCCGAGAGUUAGUUAUGUCUGAGAGAACCUAUAAAAAGGAUAUCGAACUCAUAAAUACAUGGUUUAAAGAGGAUGUGAGUAAAGAGACGACACGACCGGCAGAAAUGUUAUCACUUUUGUUUUCUGCAACCGAACCUCUAUUUGAAAUUCAUCACAAUUUUUUGCAACAAAUUGAACAUAUUUUAGUCAUUUGGGAAGGGAAGUCUGCACUCCAUUCUAACCGAUCCAUUGGAGAUAUUUUAAAAGAUAUCAUUCAAUGGUUACCCUUAUACGAGAGACUCAUUGAGAGACUUCCUUUCAUUCUGGAGAGGAUUAACGCUAGUUUCAGACACAACAAAGAUUUUGAACGAGUUUGUCGUGAUUUUGAAGCAAGAAAAGGCUGUUAUUUGCCCUACACUUCGUUUAUAUUGAAACCUGCUUUCCAUAUAACACAUUAUUUGCAAAUUAUUGAAAAUUUAUCCAAAUUUUACGUCAAUAAUAGCUCCGAAUUUGCCAAAUAUUUAUUUAUUAUUGAACAGCUAAAACAAUUCAAUGAUGAAUAUUCUGUGACAUUGAAUUCUCUGAUUAAUUUAGUUAUUCUAAUUGAAUUACAACGAGAUAUAACAGGAAUGGAUAAUAUUGUCCAAUCGGGUCGAAGGUUUGUUAGAGAGGGAUGUCUUCUCAAGUUAUCAAAGAAGGGAUACCAACAAAGACUUUUCUUUCUGUUUUCUGAUAUAUUGAUAUACGCGAGUCGGUCAGCAUCGGUACAGUUCCAGUUCAAAGUUCACGGACACCUCUCUCUGCAACAGAUUAUGGUUGAGCCGACAGAACCUAAAUUGGGGGUCAAUUUUUGUUUCACAAUAUAUGCCGGCGAAAGAGCUCUUAUGGUGGCCGCGAAUUCUGAAGAAGAAAGACGUAUUUGGUUAAGAGAUUUGUCGGAAACAGCCGUCAGUUUAUCUCGUAUUAAUGGCAACGAAACGCUUCCAUUCAUACCAACCAUUAUCUCGUCGAACGAACUCUUGGAUAAAAUCGAUAACGCGUUGAGUCAGAAAUGGAUUCAAAAAUCGGAAAAUGUGUCUCAAAUGGAAAAUAUCGAUAAACUUCACUACAGAUCCAAUACUAUGGCUCACGUCUGUUGGCACAGGAACUGCAGUAUAAGUGCUGCCGAUUACGAACACGCGCUCACUAGUUGUUUGAGUGGAUAUUUGCUCAGAAAAUUCAAGAAUAGCAGCGGUUGGCAGAAGUUGUGGGUUGUAUUCACUCACUUCUGUCUGUUCUUCUAUAAGUCCUGUCAGGACGACUUUCCAUUGGCCAGUCUUCCGGUGAUUGGAUACACGGCUAGUAUGCCAUCCGAAACGGAUAAUAUGAAUAAGAGUUAUGUGUUUAAAUUGCAAUUCAAAACUCAUGUCUACUUUUUUCGUACGGAAAGUGAGUACACAUUCAGACAAUGGAUUGAAGUCAUAAGAAAUUCUACAAUCAAUUCGGAUUCAUCUCAACACACAAUGCAAUAGAUAUAUACAAUAAUUUCAUAGUAUAAUAAUUGCAAUACUCCACACAUUAUUAAUAAUAUUCUCAAUUAUUUAUUCAUUUAAUUCAGUCUAUGUAUUGAAUGUUUCAUUAAUUCUGAAACUCAUGUCAAACACUCAUUCAUUGAAUUAAUUCUGC